CAUGAGUGCUCUGGGUGGCUGAGACUGGGCCGAAGCGGGAGGAUAGUUACAGUAAAUAGCGCGCCGCGUAAAGCAUGAAGCUGUACUGUUUGUCGGGGCAUCCAACCUUGCCAUGCAAUGUGCUCAAAUUCAAAUCCACCACUAUCAUGUUAGACUGCGGACUGGAUAUGACAUCUACCCUCAAUUUCCUCCCACUGCCACUGGUUCAGAGUCCCAGGCUGUCCAAACUCCCCGGCUGGGUUUUAAAAGAUGGAAACACUUUCCUAGACAAGGAACUAAAGGAAUGUUCUGGCCAUGUGUUUGUAGACUCUGCACCUGAAUUCUGUUUGCCAGAGACCGAGCUGCUAGACCUAUCUACGGUAGAUGUCAUCCUGAUCUCAAACUAUCACUGUAUGAUGGCACUGCCCUACAUCACAGAAUAUACUGGAUUCACUGGAACGGUGUAUGCCACUGAGCCCACUGUACAGAUUGGCAGACUUCUCAUGGAAGAGCUGGUGAAUUUUAUUGAACGUGUGCCAAAGGCUCAGUCUGCCUCCUUGUGGAAGAAUAAGGAAGUGCAGCGGCUGCUGCCUGCCCCUCUGAAAGAUGCAGUGGAGGUGUCUACGUGGAGGAGGUGUUACACCAUGCUCGAAGUGAACGCUGCACUCAGCAAGAUCCAGCUGGUGGGAUAUUCUCAGAAAAUUGAGCUGUUUGGUGCUGUGCAGGUUACUCCUCUCAGUUCUGGCUAUGCACUUGGAAGCUCCAACUGGAUUAUACAAUCACAUUAUGAAAAGGUGUCCUAUGUUUCAGGGUCCUCACUGCUCACAACACACCCGCAGGCCAUGGACCAGGCUUCUCUUAAAAACAGCGAUGUUCUCAUUCUGACGGGGCUUACCCAGAUUCCCACUGCUAACCCAGACGGCAUGGUGGGGGAGUUCUGCAGUAGCCUGGCUAUGACUGUCCGGAAUGGAGGAAAUGUCCUGGUUCCAUGUUAUCCAUCUGGAGUGAUAUAUGACCUGCUGGAGUGUCUGUAUCAAUACAUCGACUCUGCAGGACUCUCCAAUGUCCCCUUUUACUUCAUCUCCCCUGUUGCCAACAGCUCCCUGGAGUUCUCCCAGAUCUUUGCCGAGUGGCUGUGUCAUAAUAAACAGACGAAGGUGUAUCUCCCAGAACCUCCCUUUCCUCAUGCCGAGGUAAGCAAAUACGGAGGCACCAUUUGUGAUCAGUGCCAAGAUUAGGUGGCUUCCUAAAAGCCAGAGCUGCACGAGCCCAUUCUCUUUCUGUGACUAGUUCUUUUGGCUCUGUGAAAUAGUCCUUUUGACCAUUGGUCACGCAAUUGGCUUUCAUUC